GACACGGUUCCCCGAGGCCCUUGAGCCUCAGGCGGCCAGAGAGGGAGUCAGCAUGGGCCGCGGGCUGCAAGUACCUUGUCUGCUCCUCCUCACCUGGCUCCCAGCAGGGUGUCUGUCCUUGCUGGUCACUGUCCAGGACACAGAACGCUAUGUCACCCUGUUUGCCUCCGUCACCCUCAAAUGUGACUACACCACCUCGGCCCAGCUCCAGGAUGUGGUGGUGACAUGGCGCUUCAAGUCCUUCUGCAAGGACCCCAUCUUUGACUACUUCUCGGCCUCGUACCAGGCCGCCUUAUCCCUGGGCCAGGACCCCACCAAUGACUGUAGCGACAAGCAGAGGGAAGUUCGCAUCGUGGCCCAGCGGCGGGGGCAGAGCGAGCCUGUGCUGGGGGUGGAUUACCGGCAGCGCAAGAUCACCAUCCAGAACCGAGCGGAUCUUGUGAUUAAUGAAGUGAUGUGGUGGGAUCAUGGAGUAUACUAUUGCACCAUUGAGGCCCCAGGAGACACAUCAGGAGACCCAGAUAAGGAGGUGAAGCUCAUUGUCCUACACUGGCUGACAGUGAUCUUCAUCAUCCUCGGAGCUCUCCUCCUCCUGCUGCUGAUUGGUGUGUGCUGGUGCCAGUGUUGCCCUCAGUAUUGCUGCUGCUACGUCCGCUGCCCUUGCUGUCCUACCCGCUGUUGCUGCCCCGAGGAAGCCCUGGCCCGCCACCGCUACAUGAAGCAGGUUCAGGCCCUAGGUCCUCAGAUGAUGGAAAAACCCCUGUACUGGGGGGCAGACAGGAGCUCCCAAGUUUCAUCUUAUGCAAUGAACCCGCUUCUGCAGCGAGAUCUGUCCUUACGGUCCAGCCUUCCACAGAUGCCGAUGACCCAGAAGGCCGCUCCCCCUCCGGUGGCCAAUGGUGUUCUGGAAUAUUUGGAGAAAGAACUGCGGAACCUCAACCCAGCUCAGCCUCUGCCUCCAGAUCUUAGAGGCAAGUCUGGCCACCCUUGCAGCAUGCUCUCCUCUCUGGGCUCUGCACAGGUUGUGGAACGCAGAGUCAUUCGCCUGCCCCCACUGAUCAGAGAACCGCUGUCCUCCAGGACCAGCUACUCCUCACACCAGCAGCGGCUCAACCCUGUUGCAUCUUCUAUACAUUGGGAUCUGAGUGAGGGCCAGAGACAGCGCCAUCACUCCAAUUUCCUCCAAGAGCUCCAGGACCGAGGAAUCAGACCCUGGGCCCCAGGGAGAAGGGAGCUGGACCCCCAUUGGAGUUGGAGGCACCAUCGCUCUAGGCCCAGCGAGUCCUCCAUGCCCUGGUCAGACUGGGAUAGCCUGAGCGAAGGCCCCUCGUCCAGUGAGGCCCCUUGGCCCCCCAGACAGCCAGGUCCCUGGGGCGGUGCCCAGAGACACAGGAGACGCAGGCAUCGCAGCUACUCGCCUCCUCCGCCCUCGGGCCCCAGUUCUUGGAGUUCUGAAGAGGAGAAAGAAUCGCUGCCCAGGAACCGGGGUACCCAGCGCCACCACCGCCGCCGUCGCCGCUCACAGUCCCCAAACUGGACUGAGGAGAAGCCACCCAGCUACCGUUCACUGGAUGUCACUCCAGGCAAGAACAACAUCAAAAAAGGGAGUGUGGAGAGGCGCUUGGAGAGAGAGAGCUCUCAUAGCGGACGGAGUGUGGUCAUUUAGUUUCCAGGCACUGGACUGCUUCUUGGAUCCCACGUGUCCUCAGCAUUACCAAGAUUUCCAGCUGCCUUGACAAGGACUCUACACCCCUGUGCCUUGGAGUUUGGGCUCAGAUUCUAAGAAUCAAAUAGAAGAGUUUUCAAAACAGGAGUUGUGGGGUUAGUAGUAAGCUUUCCCUUUGUUCCUGCCCUCUGCCUAUCACAUGAUCUCUGAGUUGGAAGGAGCCCUAGCUAGGGUACGAUCCCUAGGGGACAAAGUAGCCCGAGUGUUCAAGUAGGUCACGGUGCUCAGGACCAAGACACUCUCAUAAUGACAAGUCAGGCAUCAUAGAGAAGAAAUCAAACGUAUUUCAGGAACAGGAAGCCUAUGGAAUAUUAUGGGAAAAUUCCAAUGGAAACUUCUUUGUUCUCUCAGAACUUCUUGUGGGCUUUUCCACAUUAAGCAACCCCACCUGUGGUCCUGAGCAUUCCUGAGUUUCCAGUAUGGGUAAGCAUGGAAGCUCUACUGCUCUUUGCCUUUCACAGGCUGUUUAUUGCAAUGCUGGAAAACCACAGGAAAGCAGUUUUUCAACAACCAUAGUCCCCAUUCUUUUUUCCCUUCUUCUUCCUUUCCCUACACCUAAUUUAUUUUCUUACAUAUAAUAAUAUAAUAAUGCUGAAAUCACUUUAAGUACUUUCAAGCACCACACAGUAUAAACAAGAAAAGUUAAUGUAAUGGGCUGAAGAUUCCAUCUCAAAUAAAUAUCUGCUUUUCUACUUUGGGUUUUUUCCUUUUUCUUCAUUGAUUUAAUACUAUCUUCCAGUAAAUCUCAAACUACCAUUCUCCUGGGACAACUGAAUGGUUCAGGGUUGCGAUGUCCCAAUCAUUAUCACCUAGGCAGGCUUUGCCACUCACAGAGUCCCAGGAGGAAAGAUCUGUGCCCU